AUCCAGGCGUUCUCCCAGGCCCAAUGGUGGGAAUGUUGCAAUGAUGUCUUACAAGACUGCUAUUUUCACGCAUACAGGACCGUCAGUUGUGUGUUCGCAAUGACUGGGAUUCAUCACUUCAGCAGGUGAUGUUUUAGUAUUAACACUGUGGAGCGGUCAAUGAAGCGACCAUAUCAUUGAAGCUGGUGAUCAUAUCCUGGAUAUGUGAGUCAUCAAUCUGCUCCUGUUUCUCCUUCUCAUCCAGAAUGCUGGAAGUGUGCUUCUGCAAGGGUUACACAAUGUUACUGGAUUCAUCCAUUACGAUCGUCCUAUUGAAUACGCUGCUCCUCAUCCAAGCUAUAUAUUUCCCCCUUCCUGCUCUGCUCAGAGAUCAUCUUGCAGCCUUGAAGGACAUGUUCCGAUACCACAAUAUAUAUAUUCUCAUGUUUCCUUGCCCCCUCAGCAUGUCAAUGAAGCGCUCUCUUCAUCCCCACGGCUCCCGUCUCUCGUCUCUGUUCGAGAUCAACCACCAUCAGCAAGCAGUCGCAGGCAUGUGCCGGCCAUGCUGCAUCCUCCUGACAUACAAUACGUGCAAGCGUAUUGAUCAUGAGUUCAAGGUGUGGCUCACUCCACAGUCCGCUACCAAGGAGACUACACCUUCUGUCACCAUCAGCGAACAAACACGAUCGCGCCCACGAACUUGCAUUCCGACUAACAGCAACAUAAGAUUUGCCGCAAACGAGAUGUCUUCUGUUGUCAUUGACGAGGAAGACGACGGGGUGCCGUCACCAAAAGCCACCACAACAAAGAAGAUCUCCACCCCACGAAAUCGAGACAAAAGAACCCCGACGGCGACAUCCACAGCCAGAAAGCAAAUCUUUGACACGGAGACCGGGAGUUUCGAGAAGCCAAGCGCCUGAAAGGCGGAAUGACAAAACCACGAGCUGGAAUUUGGAUU